AUGGCCGGUCAGACGCCAACGAAUAUCACCGGCGGCUGCCUCUGCGGCUCGGUCAAGUACACCGUUGCCGGCGGAUUCGGAUUCGGAGUUGUCUGCCACUGCAACAGCUGCCGCAAAUUUACGGGUUCGUCCUUUGGCGCGAACAGCUUAGUAGAGACAAAGAACCUCACCGUCGAAGACCCGGAGAAGAAGAUCAAGGUCUACAAGGCUGGGACGUCCAACUCGGGCAACUCGCUGGAGCGCUCUUUCUGCGGCGCCUGCGGCUCUUCGCUGUUCGUCGUCAGCGAAAAGGAUCCCGGCCGGAUCGCCGUCACGUCCGGGACGAUGGAUGACGUGCAGGGCGUGGAGGGGGAUGGCGUCGAGCUGUGGAAGCCAAAACUGGAGUUCUUCUGUAUUCGCAAGGCGAAGUGGUUGACGACUGUUGGAACUGCGCAAAAAGAUACGAUCUUCGUCCAGGCCGUCCCGUUCUAUCUCGUGACUCAGAUGCAAUUCGGAGACGGAGAAGGAAAGAUAUCUGCCCCCGCUCGGAAGGCUGCGGCGGCGAUGGACUCCACCUGCAAACCGAGCUCGACCGCCGGCGACAACCAACGAGGACUAACAAGGACCAACGAGCUGUUGUUUGGAAGGCUUCCAAACAUACCAUCAGAGAUCAUCAAAAUGACCUCUCAUGAAGAUGGACCAAUCUUCCUCAACCCCAUAAUCCCGGGCUUCAAUCCAGACCCAACAAUCUGCGUAGUUCCGGCAACAGACUCAACCCCGACGACGUAUUUCCUAUCUACUUCCACCUUUGAAUACUUCCCAGGCUGUGCUAUAUACACCUCAACGGAUCUCAUCAACUGGAAGCUCAUCGGGCACGCACUCACCCGCAGAAGCCAGGUCGAGCUGAGAACCGUCGAGCCAGGCGCCGGAAGUUGGGCGAGCACGCUGCGCUAUCGGCCUCAGGAGAAGCGCUGGUAUCUCGCCAACGGGCUCUUUCAGAGAUAUCGACCCACGAAUGAUGAGCGCAUCUUCCCUAGGGGAUUCUAUGUUUGGACAGAUAAUAUCUGGGAUGAAAACUCCUGGUCAGAUCCCGUAUACUUUGACAAUCCCGGAUUUGAUCAAGAUCUCUUCUGGGACGACGACGGAAAGGUCUAUCUCUCAACAACAGUCCGCAUGGGAAAGCGAACCCCAGGCCUCAAACUAAAAGACUUUGCCAUUCACAUUUCAGAAAUCGACAUUUCUACAGGUAGGACCCUCACCCCGCCGCAAGUGAUCCGUGAGUCCCCACACGGAAUCGCAGAAGGAUCACACAUCAUCCGCCGGGGAGAGUACUACUACCUCUUUACCGCCGAAGGCGGCACAGAAGCCGGCCACCAAGAGUGGGUUUUCAGAAGUCAGACGGGGCCAUACGGGCCGUGGGAGGGGCAGGGUAAGGCUCUGUGGUAUAACGGGCCCGAGGAGGAGGUGCAAAGGACCGGCCACUGCGAUGUCUUUCAUGAUGGCAAUGGCAAUUGGUGGGCCGUGCUACUUGGUGUCAGGCCUGUGAAGGCUGGGGAUAAAUAUCUUGAGCCGCAGAUGGGUCGAGAGACGUUUCUGGUGCAGGUUGACUGGGUGGAUGAUUGGCCCGUCUUCAAUAAGGGUCGCAAUAUCGCACUCCAGACCGUUGGCAGGGAAGCGAUUGAGAAGGCCGCCGUCCCUGAUGCUGACGGAGUCAAGUGGAAGGCAGACCUGUCCAGAUCAUCCCUGGAAAUUGGCUGGUAUCACAAGAAUACGCCUAUCAAGCCCUGCCAUAGCCUGACAGAACGUCCCGGCUACCUGAGGCUCUACGGGAACUGCUUUGAUCUCGAUAGUCCCGAAUCGCCGGCGAUGAUUUUGAGGAAGCAGACUUCAUAUAGCGAGACCUUCAAAGCUACAAUGCUCUUCAAACCCAGUCGGGUAGGGUACGAAUCUGGCGUUACCAUAUGGUGGAGUCAGUACUCCUACGCCACCAUUGGCAUUGGCGCAGUUCAACCACAAGAUGGAGGACCCGCCGUCCCGACAAUCAUCACGAGGGAGCCUACGGGCAAGGUCAACAAGCUCAAGGUGGCACACCCCCUGCUGGAUUCUGCAAUACCCGCCCUUAAUUUAGAUCAGCCGGUAAAGCUGUCCAUCACGGCGAGGUCCUCCGACUAUGAGAUGAGUCUCUCGGUCGAUGGGAUUACGACGACCAGGAUAUUCAAGUCGGAGGCAUUGACUGUCUUUCCUCCCGUAGGAGGUGCUUUCUGUGGCGUCAUGUACGGGAUUUACUCAUUCGGGCAGAGUGAACCGGUGCUGGAUCCUUCAGAUUUCACGGACAUUGAGAUUCUAGAAAUUUGA